UCAAGGUCAAAGUACACCAAUAUGGCGGCUACUAAAUUUUUGUGACAGAAACAAAGGUGUAAAAGAUGGGAACGCAAGUGAAAAAUGUCGCUUUCCGAGAGUAUUUUGUGUUUCGAUGUCUAAAGCAAAAUGUCAAUAACCUUGUAAAGUUAAUGAAUGAUAAGAAAAACUUUUGAUUUUACUGUUAUUUUUAGAAAAAUUAUCGCGUUACAGUGCAAAUCAACUGUCAAGAGUCAUGUAGCCCAAAAUUAGAAUAUUUGAAAGGAUUUAGUUUGAUUAUGUCAGCACAGCUUUGUUAUUGAUUUAUUUCUUAUGUUACUUUAUCUGUUUGUUGUUGAUUUAGUGACGGCCAGUGUGUUCAAAUGCCGUGUGCAUUACGGUCUGACAUGUCCGUGGCAUCAAAUUCAAUAGCUUAUGCCAGGCCAUCAGUUGUGCAAAAUGUCAAUGGUGGUCCGAUAUUUACUUCAAUUUUUGAUUAUGAAGCAACUCGAGAUGAUGAGUUGACACUUAGACGUGGUGUUGAGGUGGAAGUACUUUCCACUGAUGCCAAAAUAUCUGGAGAUCAUGGAUGGUGGACGGGAAAAGUUGGAGAUAAAGUGGGAAUAUUUCCGAGCAAUUUUGUGUCAAAAGAGGCGGAUGUUAUUAAGAAAAUACCUCUGCACAUUGAUUUCAGGGAAUUAAAAUUAAAUGAUGUGAUAGGUGUAGGAGGGUUUGGUAAAGUUUUUCACGCAACUUGGAGGGGUGAGGUUGUGGCUGUUAAAAUUGCACACCAUGAUCCAGAUGAACCUGACGCCACCUUUGCUAAUGUGAGCCAAGAAGCAAAGCUAUUUUGGCUUUUAAACCAUCCAAAUAUUGUGUCUUUAAGAGGAGUAUGUCUUCAGGAACCAGAUCUUUGUCUUGUGAUGGAAUAUGCUGCAGGAGGUUCUUUAAAUAGAGUGUUAAAUGGACGCCAAAUUCCGCCGGAUAUUUUAGUGGACUGGGCCAUGCAGAUAGCAACAGGGAUGUAUUAUCUGCAUGAGGAAGCCCCAAUUCCAUUAAUUCACAGAGACUUAAAGUCUAAUAAUAUUUUGGUACGAGAAGCAAUUCUUAACAACGAUCUGCAUAAUAAAACAAUGAAGAUCACAGAUUUCGGGUUGGCACGGGAAAUGUACCGGACCACCAGAAUGAGUGCAGCCGGUACCUACGCGUGGAUGGCACCGGAAGUCAUAAAAAACAACACUUUCUCACGACACAGUGAUGUCUGGAGUUAUGGUGUUGUGUUAUGGGAGUUGUUGACAGGAGAAACACCAUACAAGGGUAUAGAUGCUCUAGGUGUGGCAUAUGGUGUUGCUGUAAACAAGCUUACGCUACCCAUCCCCUCCACUUGUCCCGAACUCUUCUCUAAAAUUAUGUCCGAUUGUUGGCACCAGGAGCCCCAUUUUCGCCCCACAUUUAAUGAUAUAAUACGGUCCCUGGAGGAAGUGAAGUCAUCAUCGUUCAUGACUACACCACAAGACUCUUUCCAUUCCCUGCAGGAAGACUGGAGAUUAGAAAUCGAGGAAAUGUUUGACGAGCUUCGCAUUCGAGAAAAGGAUUUAACGUAGCGGGAGGAGGAGCUUAAAAAACCCCACGGGUUUACGGGCAAAAAAACCCAAGGAAAAAAUUCCCUACGGAGGGAGAACAAAAAAUUUCGGGGGAAAGGAGAAUUAAAAUUUUUUAAAAACGUGAAUUUAAAAUAUUUUUGAUUCUUCAAACAGAUCAUGCACAAACCAAUGCCAAAUAAACGGCGGGGAAAAUUUAAGAAGAGUCGACUUCAAAAAGUGUUGAAGUCUGGGAGUAAAUCUAUUAGUGAACCUUCUGAUUUUCGACACAAUAUAACAGUACAGAAGGAAGAGACUUCCCCUUAUCAUGACAGAGUGUUGAGUCCUGAGAGUCCCCAGCCCCAGUCACCCAAUCACCCACCCAGACUUCGUGCAAUAGCUUACCCAGCCGAUGCCAUAAAGGGUAAAACAUGGGGACCAAGUUCGGUACAGAAGGACCGACGACAACGUACAUCUGUGAUACUUUCUGAUGGGCGGUGGUCACAAAGUGCGCCCAGUUUGGAGAAAAACCUCCGCCAUCUUGGUGGAGGACAUUCCAAUAUUAGUGCUCUGCAGGAAAUGUAUGGUGACGAGGAAUCAUGGCCGUCAGAUCUCAGUGAAACACAACGCAGACACAUUCCAGGCCUAUCAAAGACGUUACCAGCAGAUACGGGUAGUCUACGACGCUCUUUGUCAUCCAGUAAAAUAGGCUCUGCUCUUUACAACAUGGCCUCCAUUUUUGCAGGCGUUGGAGCCGGUUUUGACAUUAAGCUCUCGAAUUCGAUAGGAAUGCAUCCGAAUGUGACAGGUGCUAUUGAUUCACAGACAACAAAUCCGGAAUCAUUUAUUCUGAACAGGAGGGACGCGCAUAAUUCAGCAGUGCGCGAUAUGUUUAUCGAGCCUGAAAUUGAUUACAAUUUUUACUCGGCCACAGGCUCGGGGAGUAACACCUAUCAUGGACGCCAAACGAAAUAUAGGCCGAGUAUACAAGAUAUUCCUUUGAAAUUCACUGAUAGAACUUCUUUAAAUAGAUCGCCAGUUGUCCUUGAAGAGGACGAUAAUACCUCAACAGUGAAGUCAACAGCCACUCUUAUUCCACGAGCCUCUCCACAUCAUAGACUUUCAAUGACCGAGAGUGACGAUGGUACGAUAACCAAUAUGUCUCAGGAUGGGCUGUUGUCUUCACAUUAUGGACUUACUCGACAGUUAUCCGAAAGUAGUUAUAGUUCUGACGCUUCUCGGACAACUGUCCGUUCAAAUCGGCAUUCAGUGACUUUUGAAGAUGAGUUUAAUGUAACAAAUCGUGACGAAAGAUUUAAAUCACCAUCGGAUACCUCAGAAAAUUCCAGUCCUUACCAUGAAACGCCUGUUGCUCCACCUCGUAGAUCUAAACUCAUUAACGGUGGACCAAAAGUUGCGGAGAAGCCAAAAAAUGUGGAGAGGCCAAAAACAUUAGACUUAGCUAAUGCUAAACCAGGUAUUCUCAAAUCCAGCUCAACUCAUUCCUCGUUACGAGAAUCCGAUUCUCGAGAGUCGCCGAGAACAACUUGGGUGACGCCCUCGGAAUCGGCUGACCACACUCCAUACUGGUCAACGCGGUCGGGAAUGUCGCCCGGCAACACACCUCCACAUAUUCUGCACCAGAAAACUCUCCUUGAUAUUGACAUGGAGGGACAAAAUUUGGAUCCUACACAACCCCUCCUAAUUCCAAAGUCUCAGUCAAAUCGACAAACUAUACAAGACUUAGAUACAGAAUUUAGUCAAAGAUUGUGAUAGAAAAUCAGUUUUAUUUGUAUUCCCAAUGAAAUAUUUAUCUUAACUACACAAAGCAAUAUGUUACAAGACGGUUAUUAUUUUAGAAGAAAUCUUUUAUCGUAGUUGUAAAUGUGACACAAGUUUUUAUUACUUAUUACAAAGAUUGUAACUGUGAUUUUAAAGUAUGUUUUGGAACUUGAUUCGUAGUCCUUUACUUAAACUGAAGUAUUUUCUUUUUAAAAAUAAAAUAAUGUUAGAUAACAGCCUUGAAUUCAAGAUAGAUUUUCAUAUAUAGUUAACAUAGUGGGAAAUAAGUAGAAUCAAACAAAACUGAGAUUUUACUCAUCCCAAUUCAGGGCACUUAUUUGGCAAACUAGAAUCUGUUCCAUUUACUUUAACCACAUAUUCCAUUGUAACGGUUAAAUUGAUAAAUGAUUUUUUGAAUGGUUAAAAAAAAUUAAUAUAUAUAAUUAUAUGAAAAAAUAUUUUAGAAAUUAGAUAUUACAACAUUUCUCUUUACGUGAUUUUUUAAAAUUUAACUCUAUUAUUAAAAGUAAGUAGUAAAUAUUGUGCUUUAGAUGAGUUAAAAUUUCACAGCUUUAUUUAACAUGAAAAGACUUUUUAGAACUUGAAAUUCAGGCAAAAGAAAUACAAGUCACAUGUUUAAAAAAAACAAAAACAGUAAAAUUUAUGGGAAGGUAUAUGAAAAUAUACUAAGAGAGUGGUAAACGUCAACUAUUGUAUUCUCUUAAAAGCAUCACAUUCCAAAAAACCAUAUUAUUAUCCAAUCAAAAGUGUGUAAAAUGAUACAUUAUACUUGUAUCAAAGCCUGGAAGACUUCACCAAAACGGUUUUAAAGUUUUAUGCCAUACAUACAUAUGAGUGCCAAAUGUUAAUUGAUAAGUUUUCAUAAUAUAUAAGUUAUUGGAAGAAUUGGCCAGCACCAGUUAUGAGUAUUUUAUGGUGUUAUUUUAUGAUACGGAAAAAAAAUAACUUUUGAACUUACAAGACAGUAUCUUGAAAAUAAUGUAAGUGUAUGGUUUAUUAAUCAUUCAUUGACCUAUUGAUAAAAAUUUGGGUUUUAAAUCCUACAUAUUAGGAAAGAUAAACAUAUUCAUAUUAACAAUUUCGCCUUCAUUUUUAUUUUGCAAAUAUUUAGUGGUUGCUGGCCUAGUCUUUAAGAAGAAAAAAAAGUGCAUAUUAUAAAUGAUAAACAUAAUUUUUGCUUGCAAGGUUGUCUUCCACUAAAUUUUAAGUGUUGUUUGUUUGGAAAUCUUGAUAUUAUUGACUUUGUGACGACAGUAUGAAUUAUGUCACACGACAGGGUUUUUUUUUUUCGUGUUUUUUUUUUAUCGUUAUUGUAAGAAUAAUUCCAGAUGUGUUUCUGCCGAUUAUAUAUAUUUAGAAUCCGUAAACUGGAGAAUUAUUUUUUAUUUCUUUUCGAAGCCAUUUGAGAGAUUUAUGUCAUAUUGGACAUUAUUUUAUAUAGGCCAGUGGUUUAAUGUAAGCUUGUAGAUAUCGUGAAGAUCCGUAGUGGCAGCCUGCCUUCCAUUUUUUGAUAUGAAAAUCAAUUUUGCUGUAUUAUUUGGCUAAAAAUAACAACAUUUUCUCUUUAUUUCUGGCUGUGUACUGCUUCAUUAUAUUGUCUCACUCUUGAAAUCAGCAAUACAAUGUUUUAAGGCUUUUCAUUUUUAAUAUAGGAACAUUUUUUGAUGAUUUUCACACACACAAAAACUUAGAAUCUAUUUAUAGGAAAAAAAAACAACAGAUUGGUUUCUCUGUUUGGUUAAUUUAGUGGUUUCAAACCUCAAAUCUGUUUCCUACAGUAAGGUAACUGCCAUUUUUUUUGUUCAAGUGACAUUUUUUUCUCCCUCGAAAUUUAGCUCUCAAAACACUUUUUUUCAGCGAAUAGUUUUACAUGUAUUUAUUAGUGUAAAGUUUCAAGAGGUUACAUAUUACACAGCAUUCCUUUAUUGAAUUAUUUAUAUAAAGACAAAAAAAGCAAAUAGUUAUCCAUUUCAAGAGCUAAGUGCAAAAAGGUCAGAUCCAAAAGAAUAAAACCAAUGCUGCAACCCAUUAGGUUAAAUCUCUUGAUUUCCCCAGUAGUAUGAAUUUUUGUUUUCCGACCCCCAACAGUUGAAUAUGUGAAAAGAUGUAUAUAAAUAUUCAUAUUAUAAAUUAUUAUUAUUUUUCAAAGUAUCUCAUUAUGAUUUCAGUUCCAGUCAUAUCAAAUAUUCUAUCGUAAUAACAAAGAUUGUAAUACAUGUGUUUGUUUGUUGUUUUUCUUUUUUUAUUUUUAACCAUAACUAUUUGUUUAAAAAUGCUUAUUUAUAUAUAUGAUAGCAAAUUCCUAUUAAUUCUUGUACAGCUUUUUAUAUAUAUAUAUAUAUUUCAUGUACUCUAUUUUUAUGAAGAAAAAAACCCCAACUUAAUUUUAAUAAUAAAUUGUAUAUUGUACACUAAACCCUGCUUUGUAAAAUUGUGUAUGAGAACAACAACAACAACAACUUGAAGUUGAUAUAUGUAGGAAAUGCUCUCUUUUUACAUUACAAUAAGGCCUUGUUUUCAAAGAAAAAAAUAUCCAUUACCCUCUUAAAGAUGCUACGCCAGAGUUUAGAAGCCGUAAGAAUAACAGUUUUUAAUUAUUUCAUAGAUAAUCUCGGGAAACUUAAAAAACAGAAAAAUAUGUUAAAGAUAAUUAAGUAAUAAAUUGAAAAUUGAUAUAUUUUUAUGAGAUUCUUAGGCACAUUAGAGUUAAAAGCAUUUAAUCUCUUUUUAUUAUUUUUUGGGGUCAUUUUGCUUAAUGAAAAAGAAUAUUAUGAAUAAAAUGGAGUAAGUGAAUGAUCUGAAAUGUCUUGACCUUUAACCCACAAAACCAGCUUUUGAAUUUAAGUUUUUCAUUAGAUAAUUAUCUUAACUUACCUCAGCCCAACUUAGCUGAAAUUCUAAUGGCUUUACUUUAGGUGAGCAUGAAUACUAAAGAAUUCCAAUAAGAUAAGAUAUUGUUUAUUAUUGUGACAUGUAUUUGAGUACAUUACAAUAACAUAACAUAUAAGGACAAAAAAAAAUUGUCAUCAGUACAAUCAAAUGAAGCCAAUAUUUAAAAAGAAGAAACGAGCAGCCUUAGUGUGAAAUAUUGAUGUUAUUUAAUAUAAGGUCAUCCUAGGCUUCUAUCUUUGUUAUUAUUUUUUUUCCCUCAACUAUAUUAUCUUGAACCCGUUUCUAAAAGUCAUUAAGUAUGCAUACAUUUCAAUAGCUGGUUCCUAGCCCUGUGAUUUAUCUUAACCAAAUAUCCAUGUUUAUAAAAUCUUGUGAAUAUAUAUGCACUUUGUACAAUACACACUCUCACACACACAUUCAUGUUAUUUACAAACCAUGUUUAAUGCUACACCAAUUAAUUUCAUGUUCUGUUGUGUUUUUUCCCUCCCUUUAUCUAUCUCAAGUCUGGUUGGUUUUUUUUGUUGUCGUCUGUUCACACUGCUGAAUCUCUAUUGUCAAAACUGAUGGGCGUAAACAAACUUGCCAUAAUCCUUUUUGUUUAGGGUCUUUGGAUGUGCAACCAUUGCUUAAAUUUGUCUGUUAAACCCUAAGACACAGGUAUAUUUGUAUAACGAACUUCUCUAGCUUUUGAGUUUGGAUUGAACCAUUGCUAAUGUUACAUUUUAUAUCAAAAUGUUAAAACUAAGCAGUAAUUUACACGGGUCAAUUUUGGUCAGACAGCACAAAGGUGUGCCUAUACUAGUGAUAUACAUGUAGGUCUGUCUUAAUGGCUGUUAGAAUUCUUGUUACCCUUAACCUGCUGAAUGGACUUAUCCAUAAUUGAACAUGAAACAGUCCAUUCAAAGUUUUAAGGGAUUUCAGGAUUAAAAUACAAAAAAAUUAAGAUGCAAAAAGUACAAAGCCUUUUCUGACUGCAUGGAUAUACAGGCUAGCUUGGGUUUAUAAUGUUAACAAAGGCUAAUCACUUUUGGUUCCAGUAGAUUAAAGGUUAGGUUCAAUUUGUGCACUGUGCCAAGCUGUUAAGUUGAGGAAGAAGUCCAUUUUCCAAUUUAAAGAAUGUCAGGAUUAAGAGAGAAUAGUCUAUAUUUUGAAUGUAUAAAGUUACUUUCGAUUACAGAGAUAGUGUUGAUAAGCCUUUCUUGGUGUAAUACCCUUAUUGUAGACUCAAUUAACUUCAUAUUUCACAUUUAACAAUUGAAAAAUGAAAUUCUGCAUAAUGACUGUGAUCUUGAACAUAAACUCAGAUUUGACGUAAUUUCAUGUGUGUCAGUUUCUGAUUUCUUAUACAUUUGUAUUUAUUGAAAUCGGACUUGAAUUACUAUGUCAAGAUGACUUAAAACUUUCAGUAUAAUGGCAAAUACAAUAUAGUCAAGUUUUGAAAAUCAUAGGAAUUUUUUUUCAAAGGUAUUAAUUGACUGCUUAAAUUGCAUUUUUUUCUAUCCUUCGGAAAAUGGCACUUUCACAAAAUUUUUGUUAAAUUUACUAUCAAUAUCUAUACUAAAUCAAAAUGUUCAAUUCAAAGAAGCAUAUUGUGACAGUAUUUAAUGAAAUAAAGCAUAAAUGGCCUUGUUAUGUUUUCUGUAUUAUUUGUUAACAUGAUACUGCCUAUUUUGUAGGUUCUUUUUAAAUGGUGAAUUUAUGAAAAUUCCUUCAUUUUCAUGUUUUUAUCAAAUUCACCUUGAAGUAAUGGAUCAAUUUAUACAGGGUUUAAGACGACACUUUUGUAAUUUUUUCUUUGAAAAUUCCAAGUUUAGACUCUGCAACAUUGUUUUUAUAUUAAAAUGAAAUGUAUAUGCUCGAUUUAAGUAUGACCUUGUUUUGACACUGUUUCAGUGUUAUAACAUAAUUAAGACACUGUCACAUUGUUCUGAUACUGUUGUGUCGUUUUGACACUGGUGAAUUGUUACAGGACUGUUACAUUGUCAUAAUGCCCCAACAAUGCUAUGACACAGUUUCAUAAUUAUGACACUGUCACAUUGUUUUCUGACACUGUUAUGACAGUGCUGCAAUUUUAUAACAUUAUUGCCAUUGUUUUUACACUGUUACUGCUGUAAGACACUGUUGCAUUGUUAUGACACUGUUAUGGCAUUAUGGCACUGGUUGCAUUGUUAUGACACUGUUACAGCAUUAUGACACAGUUAUAUUGUUUUGAUACUGUUACACUGUUAUGGUAUUUUGACACUGUUGCAUUGUUAUGACAUUGUUACACUGUUGCACUGUUAUGACACUGUUACAUUGUGUAGGACACUGUUGCAUUGUUGACAUUGUUAUGGCAUUAUGACACUGAUGUUAUGUUAUGACAUUGCAACAACUAUAUGACACUGGAUGCAUUGAAACUCUAUCAUAGAAUUGACUAUAUUACUGUAGACACAGCUGGGUUGAGUUUAUUUGUAUUGAUCUUAGGGUAAAUUAUAGAUGAAAUAUGUGCAAUCCUCUGGAAGAAGUAUGACUCCCUGAUUUAACAGUCUUAUGUGUAUGAUUUUAUAGCCUGCUAACGUGAUAUAUUUGUACUCUUUCUCUUUGUAGCUUCAAUAUUAUAUAUAUAUAUAUUUGUUAGUUGUUACAUUAUUCUAUAAGUAUAUAUAUUCUACACAAUUAUUGUGCAUUUUUGUGAUGUGAACUGUAUACUCUCCUCUGUGUAACCCCCACCCACUUUUUCUUACGAAAAUAAAUCCAGAUUUUUUUAUUUACAAGGGCGUGUCCCUUGUCUGGGUCUGGGAAUAAAGUAUAAGGUAAAUUAAAUGAACUAAGAAAUGGGAGUUUUAGAUGUACAUGAAAAAUAUUCAUAUUACUUACAAUAUUGAUUUUUUUCCAACUUUUUAUAAUACAUAAUUUUGAGCAUAUGGUCUUUUUUGGGGGGUUCAGUGAUUUAAUAAGAAAUUCAGCAAGUCUGGAACUUUAGAGAUUAUAGGUUUCCUGAAAGUAAAAUCUAUUUAUAACUUUCACUCCAAAAAAUGUUUCUUUAUUUUCAGACAAGUUUUAUUAUACUCAUUUCUAACUUAUUUUUAAAUGUUACUAUGUCUACAUAGUAUGUUACAGAAAUUUCUUUUCCGCAUGGACCAAAAUUUUUUUUUCUGCUGUGGGUUACAGGGAGGAGAAAUACAAUAUUCUGUGGACAGUGUAUGUUAAGUGUUAUGUUAUGUUGUCAUUCAUAUUAAUGAAGGUUAAAUGUGGCCAAAUAUUCCUGCAACGACUUGCUAUUUGAUGCCUUUUGUAACGUCAUGUGUUCAAAAUUAAUCUGCGUGUCAAAACCAUGUUCUUAUUGAGAAAAUUUCAUGUGAAAUUAUCAAUAUUAAGAAAAAUUAUUUAAAUUUGUUUGAUUUCUGCACUGUCAGUAUAAAGGAAUGAUGAAUGAUAUUUUAACUGAAUCUUAAAUUGCCUAGUUAAGAACAUUUGUAUACAGGAAACAAAAAUGGACUUUUAAAAAAGACUCAAAAGUAUUUUAUAUGAAUGAGUGUACACAAAAAAAUACUUGUAAAUUUUAUUCCCUUUUCUAAAAUUUCAAAAUUUAGGCAUUUAUAGACCUGAAAGCGUAACUAGGCAAUUUUAGAUCGUUUAAAAAAGUAAUCACUAACCUUGUAUUGAACAUCAGUCUUAUAAGCAGUUUAGGGUAUCUUACCAAAGUCCAGCAUUAAAUGUCAUUUAAUACACAGCACAAAGCUUUACUGUCAAGUGCACAAUGUUCCAUAUUUAAAACUUGGAUUCGUCACAAAUUAACAGCAGUUUGAAAAAAAAUAAUCUGAUUUAUUUUUGCACAAGGUUUUUAGUCUCUGCUAACUGCUUAAUAUUUACAACCUUAUUCUGUUAUAUGCCUUUUCUAGAUUAUUAUGUAACAUUCAUAUAAUAUAUUACCAUUUAAACUUGGUAAGAUACCCUAAUAUGUAUAGCUGGUGACUGUACAAUUCAGAUAUCCUAUAUCCUAUAUAUAUAUAUAUAAGAAAUCAUUGAAAUUGUAGAAAUCAUUGAAAUUUUUCUAUCAAGAUUGGUAUAUUAAUUUUUUCUAUAUGUACUGGUACUCAUUUAUCUUUUCUUUUUUCUGAUAUAUAUGAUUUUCCUGUCUAUGUACUGGUAUAUGUUGAAAAUGUUAAUAUAUGUAUUGGUAUAUAUCAAGUUUUUUUCUUUUCAAUAAGUAAUGGUAUAUAUAUUGAAAAUAUUCAAUUUGCAUUGGUAUAUAUUGAUUUUGUCUAUAUGCACUGGUAUGCAUUGAAAAUGUUCAAAGUGCAUUGGUAUAUAUGGAUUUUAUCUAUGUGUACUGGUAUAUAUUGAAAAUAUUCAAUGUGCAUUGGUAUAUAUGGAUUUUAUCUGUGUGUACUGGUAUAUAUUGAAAAUAUUCAAUGUGCAUUGGUAUAUAUGGAUUUUAUCUAUGUGUACUGGUAUUUUUUGAAAAUGUUCAAUUUGCAUUGGUAUAUAUACAGUUAUUUCUGCAUACUGGUACUGAUUUAAUAUGACAAUUUAUUCUUAGAUCUGUUCACAAACACUAUGAACAAAACAACUGGCUGAUCAAAUAAAAAGUCAACAAAGA